UCCAACACAGCCCCCGCGGCCUCUCUCUCUCUCUCUCUCUAUAUUCCCUCUGGUUUCUGGUUGUGUUUGUCCUUCAAUUAACCAUGGAAAACAUCUCCUAAAUGUGUGGUUCUGUAAUACUGGCAGUGAUCCCUCCGAAUUCAGAGGUUGAAGCUUCUGCAGCUUGAGGUGAACCCCUUCAACAGGUUCUAGUUGCUGGAUUGCUGAUGACCAUUCUUUCAUCUCCCAUGAGUUCAGUUGUUUCAACAUCUCAAGAAGCACUCUCGCCAGUAGGUUUUGGUUCCUGCAGAUCUCCAACAGCUGGGGUAUCUGGUCCUUUUGGCCAUUCUGAACCAGACUUUAAUGACAAUGAUGAAGCAGAACUGUUCUCUGUGUCAUGGAAUCAGGAUUAUGGUUGCUUUGCUGCUGGCACAAGUCGUGGUUUCCGAAUAUACAACUGCGAUCCUUUCAAAGAAACCUUCAGACGUGAUCUUAAAAAUGGGGGAUUUGGGAUUGUUGAGAUGUUGUUCCGAUGUAACAUUUUGGCACUUGUUGGUGGUAAAGCCAAUGCCCAAUAUCCUCCAAAUAAGGUUAUCAUUUGGGAUGAUCAUCAGAGCCGGUGCAUUGGUGAAUUGUCAUUUAGAUCUGAUGUUCGUGCAGUGAAAUUGAGGCAGGAUCGUGUUGUUGUCAUUCUUGAGCAUAAGAUAUAUGUUUACAAUUUUAUGGACCUUAAGCUUCUCCAUCAGAUAGAGACUUUGGCCAACCCAAGGGGACUUUGUUGCCUCUCACACCAUUUAAAUACUUCUGUGCUAGCUUGCCCAGGUCUUCGCCGAGGGCAAGUUCGAGUUGAACACUUUGGCUUAAACAUGACAAAAUUGAUCAAAGCUCAUGAUUCCCAGUUAUCAUGCUUAACUUUGACUACGGAUGGUCUGCUUCUUGCAACUGCUAGUACCAGGGGCACUUUGAUAAGAAUUUUCAAUACAAUGGAUGGUACUCAGUUACAGGAGGUACGCAGAGGAGUAGAUAGAGCUGAUAUUUAUAGCAUUGCUCUAUCUCCGAAUGUUCAGUGGCUGGCCGUUUCCAGUGACAAAGGUACUGUACAUAUAUUUAGUCUCAGAGUACGGGUGGUAGGGGAAGACCCUGAAUCUGAUCCAGGCACUGCUAAGAAUCCUGCAUUGUUUUAUCAAAAUUCUACUUCUUCACUUGAUGCUCUCAUUUCUCCUAGUACUGGUGCCAACCCUGGUUCAUCACUGUCUUUUAUGAAAGGUGUAUUGCCAAAAUAUUUCAGCUCAGAAUGGUCAUUUGCACAGUUCCACUUAUCAGAAAGCAUACAGUUCAUUGCAGCAUUUGGAUCUCAAAAUACUGUUAUCAUUGUUGGCAUGGAUGGAAGCUUCUACAGGUGCAGUUUUGAUCCUGUGAAUGGAGGGGAGAUGGUGCAGCAGGAAUAUUUCCGCUUUCUAAAAAGUGAAAGUAGACCUAGGUAGCACCGCUCAGAUCUGCUUGCCCAGUUUGUUCACCCUUCAAGAGGCCUAUAAUUGUAUAAAACGUACGUCUGUGUAAAUGCGUACCGUUGUUGUAAUUCUUCAAGAAAUUUUGUUUUUGGAUG